AUUCCUGCAAAUUAUGUUGGCAUCUGGGCCAUGGGAAAGUUUGGUCGUAAAAAAUCGCUGAUUUACUGUCUGAUCCUUGCUGCCAUUGCGUCGACUGGUGCUGUUUUGUUUACUAUGUUCGAUCCAGGAAAUGACAAAUGUUAUGCUGCUGGUAAGAUCAUCAUGGCUCUUGCUGCUAAGUUCUUUGUAUUCAUCUCGUUUGAUGCAGUUUAUGUUUACUCCGCUGAACUGUUUCCAACGGCCAUCAGAAAUAUUGGAAUGGGUACCUCUACAUCCGCUGCCAGGAUUGGUUCAUUCUGUUCACCAUAUAUUGUUCAUCUUGCGAGUUCUUGAAAUAUUUGAGACGAUUACAAGCAACGUGCCCAAAGUCCCACCUCGAAAACUUGGUGCGAUCGCCUUGAAACUGAAAAUGGCUUUGAGUGUGGAUGAAGUGUUGGAGAAAAUUGGCAGCAUGGGUUUGUACCAGAUCCGUCUCAUAAUCAUCUUGAGUUACAUUGAAAUGAUUAAUUUAACAUACCAGGUGAUGUUGCCCAGCUUCAUCUCGGCUGAACCGAAAUGGAUGUGCGCCGGUAAUAACAGCCAUUGUAACAUUAGUGGACAAUUUGACGCUACGGAUGAACGGCGAUGUAAAAUACCGAGAGAAUCCUGGAAGUUUGCUGACGAUUUUACAUCUGUAGUCACAACGUUUGACUUAGUUUGUGAUAAUGCCAUUCUGUCGAGCCUUUCCACAUCUCUCGUGUUCGCUGGCUGGUUGGUUGGUGCACUUGGUGGAGGUGUUCUUUCUGAUAAAAUCGGCCGUAAACCCGUUUUGCUGAUCUUCACGUUUACUACAAGUUUGUUUGGCCUUCUUGCCUCCUUUCCACAUCAUUUCUGGCUGUUUAUCCUGUUCAGACUCUGUACAGGUUUAAGUAUAGGGGGCGGAUCCAUGGGAAUGUACGUGUUGGCAACAGAAUUUGUCGGCAAGAGGCACCGGCAUGUCGCUGGCACGUCACUGUUUUACUCGUGGGCUCUGGGUCUUGUUACGUUGGCAGGAUUAGCGUAUGCGGUGCGUGACUGGAGGAUGCUGUCAAUCAUGUGUUCUGCACCCGGCCUGAUUUCUAUUUUGGCGUGGAGGUUUGUUCCGGAAUCGUCGAGGUAUCUACUACUCAAGGGUAAGCUUUCUGAGACGGAAGAAAUCCUUCGGGAAAUCGCAGCAACAAACAAGAAGAAAUACCCAGAGGAACCUCUAUACAACCCGUGUGCUGAUGGGAAAGUUCAACAGAUAGGUGACAUCAGAGAUUUAUUUCGAACCAAGAAAAUGGUUCACAGAACUCUGGUGUCUUGGUAUGCCUGGUUUGUAAACGGCAUAGUUUAUUAUGGUGUAUCGUUCAGCACUCCAACUCUUGGUGGCAACAUGUACCUGAAUUUCUUCCUGACCUCCGUUAUAGAGUUUCCCGCCAAUUUCGUGGCCAUCUGGAUCAUGGGAAGGUUCGGCCGCAAAAAGCCUUUGGUUUAUUUCCUGAUCCUUGCUGCGCUCGCCUCAACUGGUGCAGUGUUAUGUACAAUGUAUGAUCCGGGGAACGAUAAAGGGUUCAUGGCUGGUCGUAUUCUUAUGGCGAUGUCAGCAAAGUUCUUUGUGUUCAUCUCAUUUGAUGCCGUCUAUGUUUACGCUGCGGAACUCUUCCCAACAGUCAUCAGAAACAUAGGAAUGGGCACAUCAACAGCCUCUGGUCGGGUUGGCUCGUUUUUAUCUUCUUAUGUAAUUCAUCUGCGAUUUACUCACCCACUCCUCCCGUACGGCAUCAUGGGAGGCAAUGCAUUGUUAGCGGGAAUCCUGUGCCAGACUCUGCCAGAGACAAAAGACUUGCCAACUGCUGAAACUAUGGAAACCGAAAGCACAGAAGAAGCAUAUAUGGCAUUGAAAUCAGCCGUAGAUUACAAAGAGAAGGAAGACGCCGAUGGCAAGCAACUCACCAUGGCCGACACGGUGAAAGACACCACAAACAGCAGAGCAAACCUCGUAGAUUACGCUACAUCUUUGUGAUUGUGUUUUCUCUUUUAGUUUAUGUUUAUCUUUCCGAAGUACUUCUUUUGGUUCUCCUUCAAGUUAUGACAAGUGUUAGUUUUGGACUUAAAUGUUUCAACGAAGGCAGAAUCUGUUGAGGUGAUUCUUCAUUAUUGCACUGCGUAUGCUGUAUUGCGCAAUAAGCGCGCGCAUUCGUAGAACAUGGUAUUGGUUUUUACAGUCAAUGUACGAGGUAAAUUUGGUCUAUUAGAUCUCUUUAACAAACACGGUGACUUACUUUUUCAUUGCAGUUAUCGAAACAAAGAUUGGUAGGGAACAUUCAAGGAAAGUUACAAAAAAUCGUUUGACCUCUUUUCUUUCUGUGGAAUCACCUUUAGUUAAUGAAUGAUAUCUACUAGGUGAACUGACUCUUACAAAUUGACCUUUAAAAUUCUUCCUGGUCAUAUUCCAAUAACUUCUCUCUACAAAGAAGAGAUUUUCUAAUAUAGAACUAUUUACUGUACGUGCGUCAGUUUCGCGACACUAUUCCUUAAAAUGAAAGCAAACAAUGCUUACACUGCCUUGCUAUAAAUUCUAAUGCGCGGAAAUUCCCUUACUUGUCUGAGCCGAAGAAAGUGAAAAGUAUUUAGGUUAUGUUCCAGGCUUAAGAGGACAUCCUACUUUGGAUAAAAACAUUUUUUUGCACAUUUUUAUAACUUAGGAAAUCAUUUUGAAUAUCUUUUUAUCUCUUAGGACAUUACUCUGAUUAUCUUUUUAAAAAAAAUAAUCGAAAUUAUUCUCUUUCGUGACAGAUUUAUCUCUUGACUAAGCUCCAGAAUUAGCAGAUUUGUCUAUGCUUCCUUCUUCAAAAAGUAUUGUAUUUACUCAGCUUUCACGUCUGACCGACAUUUCCCUCGGCAAAACCAUUUAGAUUCGCAGUUACAAUUCAUAACGAUAAAUGUAGUUUUUAUAGUGAGGUCCGAGUAGUCCUGAAAAGGAAUGGUUACCAUGGAUACGGUGACAUUUCGGGAAUCUCUAGCAAUCUUUAUAUCGUAGCCCCUCAAAAUUUGUAUUUUGCAUUUAGUUUUGUUAUAAAAAAUACCAACAAUUAAUAAAGUGCUCUUU